AUGUCUAGCGAAGAAAACCAAUUGAACGUUCAGGGUUACAACAUCGUCACCAUCCUCAAGCGAUUGGAAACCGCCACGUCUCGGUUGGAAGACAUCACCAUGAUCCAAGAUCAGGCUUCCAAGUCUGAUCCCAGAGCGCCUCCACCCCUUUCACAACUCCCUUCAGCUCCUGCCGCCAUUGGUGCUCCUCCCACAGACUUGGCUGUGUGGGAGCCCACUGCAGAAGCCAAGGAAGAAGAACCAGAGGAAAAGGCCAAGUCCACCGUUGUGUUUGAGGAGUUUAUUGAAGAACACGUUAAGGCUUUUGUAAACAGAUCCAAGUCACUUGAUCUGGUGGUUGGAGAGGCUGCCCAGGCAUUUUACGAGGCAUUCCAGGAACAGGCGAAGUUCUUAGAGAUUGCCAGUAAAUCCAAGAAGCCUGAGAUGACCGACCCAGCUUUUGCUGAUGCUGUCAACCCAACAAACACCCAAAUCCAAAAGAUCUCAUCUGUCAAAGAUUCCAACCGUUCUUCAAAGUUUUUUAACCACUUGAAUACACUUGCAGAAGGUGCUCCGGUAUUAGGAUGGAUACUUAGUCCAACCCCAGUCUCAUACAUUCCUGAUUUCAAGGAUUCUGCUCAAUUCUGGUCCAAUAGAAUAAUGAAGGAAUUCAGAGACAAGGACCAAAGUCAAGUGGACUGGGUCAAGGAAUUUUUGGGGAUAUUUGAACCUUUGAAGGACUACGUCAAAGAGUACCACACGAAGGGUCCUAAAUGGAACCCUAACGGAAAGCCUUUGAGUGAAGUUUUGGCAGGUGCCUCGAAAGUCCCUGCCCCAGCUGUUGGCGGAGCCCCACCACCACCACCUCCUCCACCUCCACCUGCCAGUCUUUUUGACGAAACCGAAACCAAGUCGGUUCUGAAUGCCCCAGCUUCUGGAAUGCAAGCAGUGUUUGCGGAUCUCAAUAAAGGUGAAGCAAUCACCUCUGGCUUAAAGAAGGUCGAUAAGUCCCAAAUGACACACAAGAACCCUGAGUUGAGAAAACAGGCUCCUGUGGUGCCCAAAAAGCCAACACCUCCCAAGAAACCGUCUUCAUUGUCGAGUGGUUCAUCAGUGCCCGCGAAGAAGCCAGCCAGAAAAGAGUUGAUUGACGGAUCCAAAUGGAUCAUUGAAAACUAUACCAGAGCUGACCUCAAAGGUGAUGAAGUGCAAAGCAUCACUAUAGAGGCGGAAAUGCACCAAUCGAUAUUUGUAGGAAACUGUGAAGAGGUUACUGUUUUGGUCAAGGGAAAGGCCAAUGCUAUUUCUGUCUCCAACACCACCAAGUGUGUGUUCAUAAUUGACUCAUUGAUCUCUGGGUUUGAAUUGAUCAAGUGUCAUAAGUUUGGGUUACAAAUCUUGGGUACGGUGGCAGAUGUCAGUAUUGAUCAGUGUGAUGAGGGUGACCUUUACUUGUCUCAAGAUAGUAUUGACAAAGACAUCCAAAUAGUCUCCAGCUCCACCACUGCUUUGAACUUUAAUGUUCCAAAAGAUGGUGACUACAUUGAGUUGGCUGCACCUGAACAAUUCAAACACUCGAUCAAAGACAAUAAGUUGGUAAGUGAAGUUCUCCAACAUGUUGCGUAA